UUCUUUCUCGACGAACUGCAAGAGGAGGGCAGAAUGUCCACAGCCGAUCAAUCGAUGGGAGGCGGAGGGGGCGGGGGCGGCGGCGAUAACGCUGGCGUGAAGAUAAGCAGCGAGAUUGUGGUGGCGGCCAUCAUAUUCUUCUUUAUGGUGGUCGUCCUAGCCUUCUUCUUCUAUCUAUACGCCAAGCGGCGCUUGCGCUCCGCCCUCCGCACCCGCUCUCGGUCUCGCUUUGACUUCGCCGCCGCCGACCUCGGCCCCCUCCCCGUCCCGGAUCGUGGCCUUGAAGCCGCCAUGCUUCGGUCGCUGCCCGUCACCGUUUACCGGGCGGCGGACUUCAAGCAGGGGAUCGAGUGCGCCGUCUGCCUCUCCCAGUUGACCGACGGUGAAGUGGCUCGGCUGCUCCCUAAGUGCGGCCACGGUUUCCACCUCGAUUGCAUCGACAUGUGGUUUUGCUCUCACUCCACUUGCCCCCUUUGCCGAAGGCCCGUCGGCAUCAACCCAAAUGCCGAGCCCGUGUCAGGGUUACCGACCGUUCAUGCUCAGAUGAAUGCAGGGAAUUCUGUAACAACUGCUACAGUAGAAAACAGAGAUGGCUCGCUGGAGAGUUCUUCGAGCUCUUCAGGAGCACUUGUGAUUGAGAUACCGCGUAGGGUAGCGGAGGCGUUCCCGCCGACGAGUAGGCUGACCACGGAAGAGGCGACAUCGCCUGUUCCAGCGAGGUUUAGGUCGCUGAUGAGGCUGUGGAGCCAGGGGAGACGGGCUGCCGGUGCGUCACAUAGCCUCAGCGAAGGAGGCGACACAGAAGCGACGAGGGAGGGAUCGAGUGGGAAGCAUUGAUGCAUCAAGUUCCGAGCUGUAUAAAGUUGAUUUCUUUAUUCUAUUGAGGUGGUGAAUAAUAAUUCACAAAUUAGUCGCUUAGAUUCAUUCUCAUUUGUCGAUCCAAAUGAGUAUAUCGUUUGUAAUUAUUGGUACGUGCAUCGAAAACACUGAUAAAUCGAUUGUGAA